AUGGCACUUGAUUACCUUAGUAUUCCUGGUAGGUUGUGUACCAUUGCUCUCGUUAGCAUCACAGCUUACGUGUCACACACCAUAGCUACCUCAACUGCAGUCGAAUGUGUAUUUUCACAAGGCCGGCACCUUCUGCACUUUACUCGAAACCGCUUGUCUCCAUCAUCAACCCGUGCAUUCCUCUGUCUUGGCUCGUGGCUCCGCUGUGAUCUGGUAGCGCCGGAGGACCUUACUAAGAUUAUGAAGUCUCUGAAGAAAAGAAAACGAGAGGACGAGAGUGUUGAGUGA